CGCGGGGCGCAUGCGCGCGCGUCUCCUCCGGCUGGCCGCUGCGCUCAGCGGCGCGGAAUAGAAUGAAUUGUAACAAAACAAGCCCAGCCUUUGUAUCUGCUUAAAGGGGCCGCAGGCACUUCCCUCCUGUCCCCCACCCCCACCCCCACCCGCAACAGCGUCUCCAGGGCUCCCAGCAACUAACUGGAAGGGCUUCCCUCACCCUCGGGAACAGCGCGCCAGCAAGGACAGGAGAGCCAAGCUGGAGGUAAAGAGGAGCCUUUGCAUUUUUAAGAGGCAAGAAAGAAAAGAAGGAAGGAAAAAAAUAUAACACAAACGGCGCAGAGUGGACUCUGGUCCCGAGGAGCACGAUCCGGCGCCAGAACGUGGACCGAGAAGCACCGGAAUGCAAACAAAGCUCGCGGGCGCCGGUGCAGGGCUCGCGAGGAAGCCCAGAAAGUUUGUUUUAUGAUGGCUUGAGUGCGCGAGCGUGUGCAGGGGAGAAAGGCUGCCAAGUUUCUCUCUCUCUUUGCGUUAUUUGGAGGAAGAUGUCUCUCCCAUGAACCAGCGGGGGUUUGGGGGCUGCGCUGUUGGGGGACACCUGUCUCUCAUUUUAUUAUUUUUUUUGUGGGGGGGGGGAGGAGGGAUAUAACUCGUCAUGUCGAAAGUGAUCCAGAAGAAGAACCACUGGACUAGUAAGGUUCACGAAUGCACCGUGAAGCUGGGACCUCAGGGCGAGCUGGGGGUAACGGUGCUGGGGGGCGCGGAGAAUGGGGAGUUUCUGUAUGUCGGAGCGGUAGCAGUGGCCGAGGCGGCAGGGCUUCCAGGCAGCGGCGAGGGCCCCCGGCUGGGCGAGGGGGAGCUGAUUCUGGAAGUGCAGGGGAUCCGGGUCUCCGGCUUGCCCCGCUAUGACGUGCUGGGAGUCAUCGACAGCUGCAAGGAGUCCGUCACCUUCAAAGCCGUCAGACAAGGAGGAAAGCUGAACAAGGACCUACGGCACUUUCUCAACCAGCGGUUCCAGAAAGGGUCUCCUGAUCACGAACUCCAGCAGACAAUAAGGGAUAAUCUGUACCGCCAUGCUGUGCCUUGCACAACCCGGUCUCGGAGGGAAGGAGAAGUGCCUGGUGUGGACUACAACUUUCUGACUGUGAAGGAAUUCCUGGACCUUGAGCAGAGUGGGACUCUUCUGGAAGUCGGCACCUAUGAAGGAAACUAUUAUGGGACACCCAAGCCUCCUAGCCAGCCAGUCAGUGGGAAAGUGAUCACAACGGAUGCCUUGCAAAGCCUUCAGUCUGGCUCCAAGCAAUCAACCCCAAAGCGAACCAAGUCCUACAAUGAUAUGCAAAAUGCUGGCAUAGUCCAUGCGGAGAAUGAGGAGGAGGAUGACAUUCCUGAAAUGAACAGUAGCUUUACAGCCGAUUCUGGUGAUCAGGAAGAGCGCCCUCUCCAAGAAACAACGCUACCACCUGUGAAUAGUAGCAUCAUCGCUGCUCCCAUCACGGACCCUUCUCAGAAGUUCCCACAAUACCUACCUCUUUCUGCAGAGGAUAAUUUAGGUCCUCUACCUGAAAACUGGGAGAUGGCCUAUACCGAAAAUGGAGAAGUCUAUUUUAUAGAUCAUAACACAAAAACAACAUCAUGGUUAGACCCUCGGUGCCUGAACAAGCAGCAGAAGCCCCUGGAAGAAUGUGAAGAUGAUGAAGGGGUCCACACCGAGGAGCUGGACAGUGAACUAGAACUGCCUGCUGGUUGGGAAAAGAUUGAAGACCCUGUCUAUGGUAUCUACUAUGUAGACCACAUCAACAGGAAGACACAAUAUGAGAACCCAGUUCUAGAAGCCAAACGGAAGAAGCAGCUUGGGCAGCAGCCACAGCAGCAGCAGCCGCAGCAGUCUGAAGAAUGGACAGAAGACCAUUCAUCGCUUGUGCCUCCUGUUAUUCCCAACCACCCCUCAAGCAAUCCGGAGCCUGCCAGAGAAGCUCCACUUCAGGGCAAACCCUUUUUUACACGAAACCCUUCAGAGUUGAAAGGCAAGUUCAUUCACACAAAGCUGCGGAAGAGCAGCCGUGGCUUUGGCUUCACAGUUGUUGGAGGGGAUGAACCUGAUGAGUUUCUGCAGAUCAAGAGCUUGGUCCUAGAUGGUCCUGCUGCAUUGGAUGGCAAGAUGGAAACAGGAGAUGUAAUUGUCAGUGUGAACGACACUUGUGUUUUGGGACACACACAUGCACAAGUUGUGAAAAUCUUCCAGUCCAUUCCCAUCGGUGCCAGUGUGGACCUUGAACUCUGCCGAGGUUAUCCGUUGCCUUUUGACCCAGAUGACCCCAAUACGAGUUUAGUGACCUCGGUGGCCAUUUUGGAUAAAGAACCAAUUAUUGUGAAUGGGCAAGAGAACUAUGAUUCACCUGCCAGUCAUAGCAGUAAAACAGGCAAAGUCAAUGGCAUGAAGGAUGCCAGGCCAAGCAGCCCAGCAGACGUGGCCUCAAACAGUUCCCAUGGUUACCCCAAUGACACUGUCUCUUUGGCUUCCUCCAUAGCCACUCAGCCUGAACUUAUAACUGUUCAUAUAGUCAAAGGGCCAAUGGGCUUUGGUUUUACUAUCGCAGACAGUCCUGGUGGGGGCGGCCAAAGAGUGAAACAGAUUGUUGACAGUCCAAGGUGCCGAGGUCUGAAAGAAGGGGAUCUUAUCGUGGAAGUGAAUAAGAAGAAUGUGCAGGCUCUGACUCACAACCAGGUCGUGGAUAUGCUGAUCGAAUGUCCAAAGGGAAGUGAGGUCACAUUGUUGGUGCAACGAGGAGGACUGCCAGUUCCCAAGAAGAGCCCUAAAUCGCAACCUCUGGAAAGAAAAGACAGCCAGAACAGUUCCCAACACAGUGUUUCCAGCCACCGAAGCCUGCACACAGCGUCCCCCAGCCACAGCACACAGGUGCUCCCUGAGUACCCACCCGCAGAAGCCCCAGCUCCAGAUCAGACCGACAGCACUGGGCAGAAAAAACCAGAUCCUUUCAAAAUCUGGGCCCAGUCCAGGAGCAUGUAUGAAAGCCGACCUAUGUCACCUUCGCCAGCAUCGGGAUUGAGCAAGGGUGAAAGAGAGAGAGAAAUCAAUUCCACGAAUUUUGGAGAAUGUCAGAGUCCAGAUUACCAAGAACAGGAUAUCUUCCUCUGGAGAAAAGAGACUGGAUUUGGAUUUAGGAUUCUUGGUGGAAAUGAACCAGGGGAACCUAUUUAUAUUGGUCACAUCGUACCACUGGGUGCUGCUGAUACGGAUGGCCGCCUCAGGUCAGGGGAUGAAUUAAUCUGUGUGGAUGGGACACCAGUAAUUGGAAAAUCACACCAGCUUGUGGUCCAGCUUAUGCAACAAGCCGCCAAGCAAGGCCAUGUCAACCUCACAGUGCGGCGUAAAGUGGUAUUUUCAGCCCCCAAAGCAGAGACGGAGGUGCCCUCGCCAGCCUCUUCCCACCACAGCAGCACGCAGCCCGCCUCCCUGACGGAGGACAAGCGCACCCCACAGGGCAGUCAGAACUCCCUGAACACGGUGAGCUCAGGCAGCGGCAGCACCAGCGGCAUCGGCAGUGGCGGGGGAGGGGGCAGCGGUGUGGUGAGCACACUGCAGCCCUACGACGUGGAGAUCCGCCGCGGGGACAGCGAGGGCUUCGGGUUCGUCAUAGUGUCCUCAGUGAGCCGGCCUGAGGCAGGCACAACCUUCGCAGGCAAUGCAUGUGUGGCUAUGCCUCACAAAAUAGGUCGGAUUAUUGAGGGGAGCCCUGCUGACCGAUGUGGCAAGCUGAAAGUAGGAGACCGGAUCUUGGCGGUAAAUGGCUGUUCCAUCACCAACAAGUCCCAUUCAGACAUUGUCAACCUAAUCAAAGAAGCAGGAAACACAGUUACCCUCCGCAUCAUUCCUGGGGAUGAGUCUUCGAAUGCCACUUUGCUAACCAAUGCGGAGAAGAUUGCCACCAUCACCACCACACACACCCCUCCUCAGCCAGGGGCCCAGGAGACCAGGAAUACCACCAAACCAAAGCCAGAAUCUCAGUUUGAGUUCAAAGCACCCCAGGCAACACAGGAGCAGGAGUUUUACACUGUGGAACUGGAAAGAGGAGCCAAGGGCUUUGGCUUUAGUCUUCGAGGGGGCCGCGAGUAUAACAUGGACCUCUAUGUUCUGCGCUUAGCAGAGGAUGGUCCUGCAGAAAGGUGUGGAAAGAUGAGGAUCGGUGAUGAAAUUUUAGAGAUCAAUGGUGAAACCACCAAAAACAUGAAGCAUUCUCGGGCUAUAGAACUGAUUAAGAAUGGUGGCCGCAGAGUGCGUCUGUCUCUGAAGCGGGGAGACGGCUCAGUACCAGAAUAUGCGAUGAUACCUCCUAAUAUCGCUGCAUGUAUGAGAAAUGAAAAGCUCGGGGAGGCUUGCUUCUACCUUAUGGGCCAUAAUCAAACUACGACCCCGGCAGCGACCGGAACGGCGCCUCUGCCGGUGCACAAGGUGUCCCGGAAGUGAGGCCCGGGCCGGCACAGGGUGUCCCGGAAAUGAGGCCCGGGCCGGCCGGCCGCAGGCCGCACCCGCCAUUGGAGUCCAGUUAUCUACCCGAUCUUCACAAAUCAUCACCACAUGGGGAAAAGCGGGCACAUGCGAAAGAUUCAAAAGGCAGCCGAGAGUAUGGCAGACAACCCAACGAGCACCACACAUGGAACGGAACUUCCAGGACACUCGACAGCGGGGCUUGCCGACCCAAGGACCGGGCGUCCGAGGGGCGAAGAGAAGCCCCACCUGAGCGGCUGGUGACCAAUGGCCCCACGAGGAGGUCCCCAGAGAAGCGGAGGGAAGGCACCCGGAGCGCUGACAACACGUUGGAGAGGAGGGAGAGGCACGACAAGAGAAGAGAGAUUUCUCCUGAGAGGAGGCGAGAUCGGUCACCCACCCGCAGAAAGGACAGCUCGCCCAGCCGCCGUAGGAGGUCUCUCGAAAGGCUCCUGGAUCAGAGAAGAUCUCCAGAGCGAAGGAGGGGGGGCUCGCCCGAAAGGAGAGCAAAAUCGACUGACCGCAGGAAAGCGAGGUCCCCCGAGCGGAGGCGAGAGCGGUCUCUUGAGAAAAGGAACAGAGAGGACAGAGUCAGCCAACGAGAAAGAGAAGAGCCAAGCCUGAAGCAGGAUGCCAGCAGAAGUUGCAGACAUCCCCCAGAGCAGAGAAGGAGGCCUUACAAAGAAUGCAGCACCGACCUCAGUAUCUGAGCUCUGGGUCACAUUCCAACCUUUACCAUGUCAAAGGUUCUAUGAGGAAGUUCACAAACCUGAAAUACUUUAGUUUCUUACCUAAUGAAGCAUCUGACACCUGAUGAUCCUAUGAACAGCAACAAACAUUUUAUGCAUUUGAAAUCUUAUAAAAAUAUAUAUGAAAAGUGUUGUGCCUGAUGUAUAAUAUUAAAGAAAGUAUUUUUAAAUGCAUACUUUUUUGGAAAUUAUUUGCCAAAUGCUGCCCCAAAGGGAUAUAAAUUUUGUUUCUACAUGAACUGUAGAAUUGUCAAGAAUUGUUCCCUUUUUAGGGCAAUCUCUCUCCUGAUUAAAUAGGGCUGUUGAUCAUUUUCACUAAGUAAGGGACGUUAUUAAGUUUAAUUAAUUUGAUAUAGACUGUUAUGUAAUGAUGUAGUGCUAUACUGUAGUUAGGAGAUUUCCUUUUAAAUAAAAAAGCAAAGCUAUAUUUGUAAAAGCUGAGAACUCUAGAUGGGUUAGGAUUGCCAAUGAUCCUAAAAUCAAGCAAACUGUAUGAAGAGACUACUAUUGCAAAUGAAGGAUAUAGGAAACCUACACGGCACACACAAAAACAUUAUGUUGAGUCAUAGUUGGUUCAGAAAACAGUUUGGACUCCCCCUGGCCAUAGAAAGGCAUAGAGAGGAGAAGGUUGGCCACCAUUAUCCAAGUGCAGAUGGUCAGGUUCAUUAGCAUCACCAACAUCUACUAAGAUUUCAUUAAGGCAGUGCUGUCACAGCUUCAGUCAACUACUGGAAGGAAUGGACCAACUAACACCACCUGUGUUGUCAUGUCUGAUUUGAAGCUUAAGAGUAGAUGGAGUGAAGGACAAUGUGCCCAGUGUGAAGGAGCCAUAAAAGUCCACAAUACAGAAGGUUAUGUUCCCCCUUUUUAGCAUAAGGCCAUGGCUGCCCUUUGCCAAAUUGGGGAGAAGGGAAUGUGCCUUGGUGGAGUUAGCUCUUUGUUGAAUUUUAGGGUUGGAGGUGCUUAUUCUUAGAAAUGCUGAUUUCCCUUUGAAACUAACUGUCUCCAGAAUGAAUGAAGGAGAAAGGACGUGAUCUCAAUGGUUGUAGAACUAGUUGGCAAACUUAUGUCUUCAUGACCCUGUCCUUUGAAUUUCGGGACAGACAACAAAACAUAAUGAUUUUCCUUUUUAGAAAAGACCUAUUCUUUUGGCAAUCCCACAUAAGGUGUAGUUGGAUCGGCUGUAGCCCCGGGAAGUGGUUGAAAUGGAUUACUGCCUAGCUGAGCCAAAAUGUUUGCUUGUACUUGUUGGACCACUAUAGCAAACCGCUGCUUACAAUACAUUGUGUAUUUCUGUAGUACUGUUUUGCAUUUUCCAUACAGACACAAAACUUUGCGAGUCAAUCACUGUUGUUCUUAUGGUACUGUUUUUAAAAAAGGGAAAAAAAGAAUGAAGAAAACCAGCCAAUCAUUGUGUGUACAGAGUUAAAAAUUGUAAUUAAUAGAGCCUGUUUUUAAAAAAAUGUUGCCUUUUUUUCCUGUAUAAAAGAGAAUUUAUGACAAAACAUUUAAGUAUGAGGAAUGUGAUGUGUUCAUAUUUCUGAAUAUGGAAAAAAAUCAAUUGGGAUAUAUUUUAAUGUAAACUAAAUCAGGUAUGUAAAGCUGUUUUAAAGUGGGAGACUGUGUAAGUAAUUCUCUAAAGCUUUAGUCGGUUUGAAUAUCAUCAUUUCCUCCAUGGUGAGCCUGCUUGUGAAUUAUUAAGCACUUGUUUGCAUUCUGUUCUUCACUCAUUUCUUGCAGUGUGCUAUGGAUUUAAUGCUGUUUCUCUAUUGAUGAAAAGCAGUAUGUGGGCCAAUCUUUUUAUAAAACACUAUGCAUAUAUAAAUAUUACAUUGUUCAUAGCUUUAUUUGACUUAUGGGUUUAUACAUAACAUUGGAAUGAGUAGCUGUAGUUGUGUGGACAUUCACAAAACAAGUUCAUUUCCUGGAACAGACAAUGAACAUUCUAUAUCUAAAAAAGAGGGAAAAGUCUGUGACUGCUAUUUUUUUUCAAAGUGUUCCAUAGAAAGCAUACAUUGAGCUGUAGCAGUAAGGCUGAGAAAGAAUACAACUGAAUAAUGAUGUUCUUUUUCAUCCAUUUCCAAAGAACCAACUUGGGGACUUUAUUCCUAAGGUUCCACUGCUAGGAAUUUUCUCACUAUUUCUAGCAAAAUCUUUGUUGUUAAAUGAUCAAUGCUCUCAGUUGUGGUCCAGAGUCUUAAAUAAAUGAAAUCAAAGUAGA